AUGCGCUCCCACAGGGCGACGCGGCUUGCGAGCCUGCUGCAGCAGACGCGGGUCAAUACAUUUGACCCGCGCAUUGAGCAGGUAUACACUGCACCUGCAGCACAUCUUGUGCGCGGAGACUGGGGCAUGAAACGUCCUUUGCCGUCUUCCUGGCAGCCCGCGCCCGACAUGCCUGCCGCGCAGCCAUUCCGCGGCGCCCUGCGCUACGUCACUGCCGAGGCGCUCGACACGCCGCAGCACCUGACUGCAUGGCGCGAAAGUGAGCGUGACCCGCUCUUCCGCACGCGCUGGCACGAGGCCGGCACGCGCCUAAGCGACCGUUCGAAACGCGACGUGCUGAGCAGCGCGAUCGGCGAAGACGAGGCGAAUGCCGCGCAAGGCGUGCGUCCGCGCAUCAUGUACGACCCUGCCACACUCUCCAACGAUACCAAGCCGGCACAUGUUGUGUGGGGCGCGCACCAUGCGCGCUUUGCCGAUGCCCCGGACGUUCUGCCGAACUACAAUGCCAUGUCCCAACGCGAAUUCCAAAAGUUUUUAAGCAAGGUCCGCACGGUCCGCGGCAAGUUUCGCGAGACAAUCAAGGCACAACGCCGCGAGGCGUCCGAGCACACGCUGUUAGAGCAGCUGUCGCGCCGCCGCGCAAAAGAAGGGCUCGCUGCGGCCGUGCCCGAGUCGGAAUGGGCGAGCGCCAAGGCGCACAUCGCGCCGCCUUUUGUCGAUUUGUGGACAGAAGCACGCCUUGCGCACGCACCGCAGAGCGCCGCCAACUUUAUGCACGCGCACGCACAGGAACGCCGCGCAGUGCCGCACAGCACGACAAUCUCCGCGCCAGCGCAUGCCGCGCCGGCACAUCCGUUGCAAGGUAUUCAGUACGCCCAGCCCGACACAGUCUACACACAGCUGCUUGCAGAGCCGAUCCAGGGCCACGCCGUGCAGCGUGUCGAGGACAACAGGCGGAACCGGUACUUUAUGGGCGCUGACGCCGGCCUCGCCGUCGCCGCUGGCGGGCAUAUUGGCCAUCUUGCGCUGCAGCACAGGCACGGGCUGGAUGUGGUCGACUAUACGCGCGCGAAGCCAACGUGCGGCAUGGGUCACUUCCGCAUCCUGCAUGCCUUCUUUGAUCUGCACGGCGCACCGCGCAUGACGAGGCGUACGCCGCCGCAGGCGCAGGCAACCUCGCCCGAUCUUGGCUACAUUCAUGCGCAGCUCAUGGCGCUGCGUCGCGGAGCACUGCCGCCGAUGCCCGGCACCCCUCGCUGGAUCGACGAGCCCCGUGCACAGACACAAACGUUGUGGAAUCGUACAAACGCACCCAGUCCGCUGCGCACGAGCACACAGCCGGGCUCCUUGUUUGGCGCAUUGGCGCGCAAUGGCCGGCCGCCGAAUACGGCGCGCGCGAACGGCAAGCGCCAGCGGUUUCAGAAGCGCAAGCGUGAUGCGUCUACGGACAAAGACGUGCAGAUGCUGGACAAUAUCAGGAACCUCUUAUCGCCACAAUAG